GAUUUUUUUAUUGUUGAAUUUUAUGAGGUUGGACUUUUUUUUUAUGUAAUCUACAUUUACCUAGCAAUUUAUAUUCAAACUGAUGGCACAGAAAUACUUAUAUAGGAAGUCACGAUGGGUUUGCCCAUAGUAUAUACAAUAAAAUGGACAGAACACAUUCUUUUUAUGAGGACAAUAAAAGUAAGGACAACGUCUGGAAUGUAACCCCGCGGUAUCGCGUACGUCCAGGAUUUUCGCGUGAUCUUGUGAUAUGGCAAGAUCGCAAGCCAGCGCUCCGCUGCCGUUCCGCGCCCGUGACGCGCCCGGUGGGUGUUGACGCCGAGCGGAGGACGGUCCAGGUGGAUUUUCGGGUAAAUCCAGUUUCGCAUCCGGCUGUACGUUUCUUACCAGCUCUCAAUACAUUAAAGUAAUACAGAAGAAGCUUAAGCCCUCUGCGACGGAGCCGGAGCCGCCGAGGCCGUCCCCUACGUUUCUGUCUCCGAAGCAGCUGGACAGGAUCGCCCGCGACAGGUGAAUCGCGAUGGAGAGACUCGCUUCCGCACAGACCCCACCGGGGAUCGGAGAGAGCUGGAGACAGGCGCUGUCUGCUGAGUUUGGGAAGCCUUAUUUCAACAAGCUGAUGAACUUUGUGUCUGAGGAGAGGCAACGUUACGUUGUGUACCCACCUGAUGAACAUAUCUUUACCUGGACACAGACGUGUGACAUCCGAGAUGUCAAAGUGGUGAUUCUUGGCCAGAAUCCAUACCAUAAUCCUGACGAGGCCCAUGGGUUGUGUUUUAGUGUCAAAUGGCCAACGCUUCCUCCACGCAGUUUGCAGAAUAUAUACACAGAGCUGGUCUCUGACAUUGACGGCUUCCAGCCCCCUAAACAUGGAGAUCUGACUGGAUGGGCCAAACAAGGUGUGCUGUUGCUCAAUGCUGCGCUGACCACCCGAAAAGGCAAGUCUAAUACGCACAAAGACAAAGGCUGGGAGACCUUCACUGACGCUGUGGUGCAGUGGCUCAGCAACAACAUGGAAGGCCUCGUCUUCAUGCUGUGGGGAGUGGAAGCUAAGAGGAAAGGAGCUUCUAUCGACACAAAUCGCCACCACGUGCUGCAAGCUGCGCAUCCAUCUCCCCUGUCCGCUCGUCGGGGUUUUUUUGGGUGCCACCAUUUCUCAAAGGCCAACGAGCUGCUCAAGAAAUCUGGAAAGUCUCCCAUUGACUGGAAGGCACUUUAACUUGUUAUGUAUGUUUGCUUUUCUAAUAUGUGUUGAUUAACUACACACCAAAACCAUAAGCUUUCUAACUUCCUGUUUCAGCAAUAGUAUGUUAUGUUCAUCUUUUUUAAGUUGAAGAGUUUUGUUUUAUACACUGCCUUUUCCUCGUUGUUCUUUUUUUUUUAAGCCUUUUUGUUCAGACUUGCUAUUGGGAUGUAUUUUUGUAUGAUCUGCUGUUGGCAGCUCCAUUGUUGUAAAUAUGUUUGUUUCCUUCUCUGUAUUUACUGAAAUUUGGGGUCAAUUAAAGUGGUUCCAAAAAGCG